UGAGGGGAGCGCGGCUGCUGAAGGCGGUCCGGUACCCUCCACGCUCACCCGUGGCAAAAACCGGAAAAAAAUACUAAAUAGAUUGAAGCAAGAAAUUAUUAAAAAACGCCACAUAAAAUGUUAUAAAUGUUUGUGGCUUGUGCGGCCACCGGCGGGCGGAGAAGCCCCGCACCUGCCGUCCCCCACCCUGAGGGAACGCGGCUGCUCCCCCCGCCGCGGGCUGGCAGCAACCUGUUGGUGCGGGCGCUGCCGGGCGGCGGGAGGAGCCCCUCGGAGGGGCGGCCGGGCCGCUGACAAAGGCGGAGCAGCGGCAGCCCAGGGCCGCCCCCGGCAGCGGGGCCCGGCGGGCAGCGCGGGGCUGGGGCUGGGGCCGGGGCGCUCGCACAAGAUGGCGGUGGGGCGGCGGGAGAGCGCGCUCCCCUCGUAGAUGCGGCCGCGGCGGCCCCUGCUCCCGGCGCCCGGCGGGGCUUACAUGGCGCUGGAGGACCUGCUGCUUUGUCUCUGCUUCUCCGCCCUCGCCGUCCUGGCCGUGCAAGGGAGGCUCUCAGAAGGGGAUUCUGUGGAGCUGAGCUGUAGUGCUGGUCCUGCAAAGGUGAUACUGGAGCCAAACCAAGUGGUGAUUUUGGACUGUAACCUGACCCCUGUUGAGCAAGUGAUCAAUAUCACAUGGAAGAAGAAUGGGUUUCCAUUAGUGGAGCAAGAACAUCUCCAUGUGCUUCCAAAUGGAUCGCUCUUCAUCUCAUCCCAGGCUGUGGCAAAGGACAGUAAAUACCCUGAGAGGGAUGGUGCUGAGGGCAAUUACUCCUGCGUGUCUCACACCUCCCUAGGGACUGUCACCAGUCAAACAGCUGCAGUCAGAUUUUCAACAUUAUCACGCUUUUUCCAGCAGCCGGAGUCGCAGACAGUGGAAGAAAAUGGCAUGGCCAGAUUUGAGUGCCGGAUCGAGGGGCUGCCCUCCCCUGUCAUCACCUGGGAGAAGGACCAUGAAGCUGUUCCAGCAGAGCCCAGGUUUAUAACUCUUCCCAAUGGUGUCCUCCAAAUCGUGGAUGUGCAGGAGAGUGAUGCUGGGAUUUACCACUGCGUGGCAACCAACGCCGCCCGAAAGCGCUACAGCAACGAUGCCACCCUCAGCGUGGUGAAAGGUUCCCAGCCAGCAGGAGGAGAUGUCACCAUUGUUGCUGCUCCGGAGAACACCACAGUGGUGGCCGGGGAGAGCGUGGUGAUGGAGUGUAUGGCAGCUGCUGAUCCCACCCCCUUUGUCUCCUGGAUACGACAAGAUGGAAAGUCCAUUUCCACAGAUGUGAUUGUGCUGGGCCGGACAAAUCUCCUCAUUCCUUCCAGCCAGCCCCAUCACUCUGGGGUGUACGUCUGCCGAGCCAACAAACCCCAAACCCGGCAGUUCGUUACCGCCGCGGCUGAGCUCCGCAUCCUCGCUACUCCCAGCAUCUCCCAGGCUCCCGAAACCAUCUCCCGCACCCGAGCCAGCACAGCCAGGUUUGUGUGCAAGGCAGAGGGAGAGCCAGCCCCCACCAUCCACUGGCUGAAGAACGGGGAGCCCAUCCUCUCCAAUGGGCGUGUGAAGGUGCAGAGCAGCGGCAGCCUCGUCAUCAACCAGAUCGGCCUGGAGGAUGCUGGCUACUACCAGUGUGUGGCUGAGAACAGCCUGGGCAUGGCCUGUGCCACGGCCAAGCUCUCGGUGAUCGUGCGGGAGGGUUUGCCCAGCGCUCCCAAGAAGGUCUCGGCCGUGUCCCUGUCCAGCAGCACCGUCCUGGUGUCCUGGGAGCGGCCGGAGCACAACAGCGAGCAGAUCAUCGGCUUCUCCUUGCACUACCAGCGGGCUGUGGGAACAGAUAAUGUGGAAUACCAGUUUGCUGUCAAUAACGACACAACUGAGCUGCAAGUCAAGGAUCUGGAGCCAAACACCAACUAUGUCUUCUAUGUGGUUGCAUAUUCCCAGCUCGGAGCCAGCCGGACGUCCUCUUCCAUCGUUGUCCAGACCCUGGAGGAUGUUCCCAGUGCAGCCCCUCAGCUGUCCCUGUCGAGCAUGACUCCCGGUGACAUCCGUGUGACGUGGCUGCCCCCUCCUCCCGAGCUGAGUAAUGGCAAGAUAACCAAGUACAAGAUCGACUACUGCACCCUCAAGGAAGCAGAUCAGGUCACCUCCAUCGAAGUGGGUGGAAAUGAGACGCAGAUCACCCUGUACUCACUGCAUCCCAACAAAGUGUACAAGGUUCGGAUUGCAGCCAGCACCAGUGUGGGAUAUGGAGCCCCUUCCGAGUGGACCCAGCACCGGACUCCUGACAGAGACAACCAGACACAUGUUCCAUUUGCCCCGACAGAAUUAAAAGUCCGAGCGAAGAUGGAAUCUCUCCUGAUAACAUGGCAGCCCCCAGCAAACCAUGCCCAGAUAUCUGGCUACAAGCUCUACUACAGAGAGGUGGGCCCAGAGGAGUCCAGUGAUGAGAGCCCUUUGGAUGGUGCUGAAGAUGAGAGCUGGGACGUAGGACCCAUAAAACUAAAGAAGAAAGUGAAGCAGUACGAGCUGACUCGACUAGCUCCUGGGAAGCUGUACGAGGUGAAGCUGGUGGCAUUCAAUAAGCACGAAGAUGGGUACGCAGCAGUCUGGAAGGGCAAAACAGAAAAGGCACCAGCGACAGCAGUAGAUCCCCCUGUGCAGAAGGGGCCUCCACUGCCUCCAGUCCAAGUCUAUGCAGAGUCCAACAGCUCAACUUCCAUCUGGCUCCGCUGGAAGAAACCCGACUUCACAACAGUCAAAAUUGUCAACUACACCGUGCGCUUCAGCCCCUGGGGCCUGAAAAACGCCUCUCUUGUGACAUACUACACCAGCUCGGAUGAAGACAUCCUCAUUAGUGGGCUGAAGCCCUACACCAGGUAUGAGUUUGCUGUGCAGUCCAACGGCGUUGGCAUCGACGGGCCCUUCGGCAGCGUGGUGGAGCGCUUCACCCUGCCCGACCGGCCCUCCACUCCUCCGUCUGACCUGCGGCUGCACCCUCUCAACCCCUACGCUGUCCAGGUGCACUGGUGCCCGCCCGUGGAGCCCAAUGGCAUCAUUGUGGAGUAUCUCAUCCUGUACAAUGCCAACAACACGCAGCCAGAUGACAUGUGGACCCUGCUGACACGAGAAGGAAACAUCUUCAGCACUGAAGUGCAUGGCCUGGAAAGUGAUACCAGAUACUUCUUCAAGAUGGGAGCAAAGACCGUGGUGGGAUCUGGGCCCUAUUCCAACGUUAAGGAUGUGCACACCCUCCGGGAGAAGCUGUCUGAUGUCCUGGAUAUCCACUCUGUGACAGGGAUCAUCGUGGGGGUGUGCCUGGGGCUGCUCUGCAUUCUCUUCUGCAUGUGUGCCAGCUUCCGCAACAGCAAGCACAGGGAGGCCCUGCCAGGCCUGGAUUCCCAGGCUGCUGGCAACCACACGUACUACCACCGGAGCAGGCAAGGGCUGGCCUCUCCCAGUGCCACCCUGGACUCACAUGAGCUCGAGUCCCUCAUGUCCCCACUCCCAGAGGAUGCACCCGUGCCCCUGGGGGACAUCACUGAGCUGGCAGAAGUGCACAGCCUCAUCCACACGAGCCUCCCUGAGGACAUCUUCCCUGGGAAGAGGAAGUCUUCAUGGAAUAAAUCAACCAACCAGGCCUGGACAAACAGCAUCACCAGAUAUGGGGACACCAUCACCAAAGAGCCUCUCUCUGCUGUCAAUGGGUCACUGAAGCUCCCCUCCAGUGCGGGGCAGAAGCUUCUCUUACAAGCCCUGGUUUAUGAUGCUGUGAUGAAUGAAGCAAAGAAAAGCCACCUGCCAGCCAGCCUCCACCAAGUAGAAGCAGAGGUCAUCGUCCAUUCUGAUUUUUCAGCCUCUGACAGAGAGUACAACUCCCAGCUGCACACCCUGGAGAGUGAAGAGACAGAAAUAGAGGACCAGGAGCCAGAAGAGCUCCCCUCAGCAGAGCUGGCUCUUCCCAGUUCCCAGCAGGACACUGGCCAAAUGUUGGUGGACUGCAUGGACAAUUUGGAGGCUCAGGCCCAGGCUGAGCUGCUCUGUACCGACACAAAGACUGACAAAGCUGAGGCUGUUUGCAUCCAUGGGCUCACCAAUGGCUUCCACAGGCAUGGAGAAAGUCUGGAUUCAGAGGAGAGUGGAGAUUCAGAUUCCACCCAGGAGGGCAGAGGUGAUGUGCAGCCAGUCAAGUGCCAGUUGCUUUCCCUGGCACCUGAGGAGGCCCUGCUCUGUAGUAACUCUGGUUUAACCAGUCCAUCCUCAGCAUCUGAGAACAUGGCACAUGUCCACAAUCACAAAGAAUGAACUGAUCUGAUUUUGAUCACAGCAGAGCUGAAGCACGAGGAGAGCCUGUCCCUCUGAGGUGCUGCCUGCCCUCGUCUGGCUGAGCCCAGCAGGAGCUGGGCAGGUGCAGCAUCUCACCAGAGCAGGGCUUGGACCUGUCAGCUCUUCUUCGGGAAGCCAGGUGGGUUGGUAAGGGCCCAUCUUCCUCCCGCUGAAGCCGAUGAGGAACUGCGUGCUGGUGGGAGCAGGACUGAGCCAUCUGCCAAAGUCUGAGUGGAACCACGAUGGAACAGAGCCUCCUGACUAGGCUGGGGCUGUCACUUCACUACAGCCCUUGAGGAGACUGGCAGGACAUCCUUUAACACUGGGCAGUGGCAGAGUGGACCGAGGGAUCCUUCUCUGCUGCCUCUUCCCCAGGGAGUGCCUGGGCACUGCUGGCUGCCUGGCAGCGUUGGGAUGAAUUCUGGCACAAGAGUCCCAGGGCAGUGGAAGCCCCAGAAACAAAGGCAGUGAGCUGUAAGCACCGGCCUUUUCUGCCCUCCCGUGGUUGGAAGGAUUACCAGGCUCUCUGUGUGCAGUACCUACUACUAGCAGGCUGAUGUAGUGGCCUUUUAUUACACACUCUACGAGUGCCUCUAACAACUUGUACUAUUUAGAACCUUCUGCAGCGUCUGGGUCUUUUCACCAGCCUGGGCUUUGUUUUAUGUAGGUUCUUGUACCUAAUAUUUUAGGUACACAUCUGUCCUUUUAAUGUACAACAUGUAUUUUUAUUUCCUUGGAACAUCUUUAUAUUAUUUAAUUUUAUAAAGUGGAAUAGUGUGUGGUAUAGAGUAGCAUUUUUACUACUUCUCUCUUUCUUUAUUUUUUCCUCCCUAACAACACAACUACCUCAUGUCUGUUGGAGAAAAAAAAAAAAGCAGUAGAUCUACUCAUUUGUUAUAGUCCAUUAUAGGUUUUAACUUAUUCUUAUACUGCCUUUUUCUAAAGAAUAUGUUUGCACUGGUUGUUGACUCUUCUUUAACACAUAGUGCUGCAGAUCUGAUGUCUCUCUUGCUUUGUUUCUUGACACCUUCCCUACAGCCAGAGAAUUGGGUUGUGUCUUUCUGUAGGACUGUUUUGCAGCAGCUGCCAAAGGAGGCUGCUUUAGCUGGCAGGAUGUCAAUCCAUCUUUCCUCAGCAAGCUUAUACUAACAAAUAGAAAGAAGAGCCAGCAAUUGCAAAAGUAACUUGUGAUACCGGGGGCAUGUAUUUCUUUUCUCUUUUUUUGGGUGCCCUUUUUUUUGGUAUGGAGACAUCUCAGAUGGUUUUAAUUUACAGAGAGCAGCACUCAGCCUUCUGUAAGCAGUGGACUUGCUGAAAGCCUUGGAUGAACAAGUGAAGUUUUCCAGUCACUUCUGAUAGUCCUGGCCAAAGUCCUGCUUUUGGGUGGGUUUUUUUGAAGAGCAGAGCACCACCAGAGCUUUAAAAUUAAAUCUUUGGUCUCAUACCAGUCAGUCUGGCUUGAAAACCAUCCAGUGACUCUUCCUGCUGAUGCUGUUUGCUUACUGCUGCCAUGUCUCUCAGCCUGGCCUUGUUGGGGAUGGACUUUUCUCUACUUUUUUUAGCUGGUCUCUUGUCCUGCUCCAGGGUUGCAGGGUUUGACUACGAAUGCUACAAGCUACAAUGACCAGCUGCUCGGAGUUAACAAGGAUCGGUAAUUCUGUUCUU